AUGCAUCGCUUUUUUGCAGAGCUGGAGCCAUCUCUAUCCGUCACUGAGCAAAACCUGGCAGACCGAGUUCGGUACAUCCUGCGCUCCAACAUAUUUGGUGACGCCGAACUCGAACGACUACGACGUGAGGCUGUUCCCUCAUCGGAUGGAAAUGCUACGGCUGGGAAUGCGGCGCCACUAAUUGCGCAGCAAACUGCAAAUGUGGACGCUGCCGUCAAUAUUCCAUUUGUGGUUGAUUCAGACGAUGAUGGAAUAGUCCCCCACGAACUAGAGAAAAUGAGGAGCAUAUUGGAAGAGUCGAUGCUGGAAACGCGCAGCAUGCCUCUCGAAAAUCGACCGCGACUUCCCCCGCAUACCCCUUAG